AUGAAAAUUGAGUUUUCCACUUCUUUCAAUGAUGUUCCUAGUGAAGAGGCAAAAAACCCUGAAAUAAAUGUCCUACCUGCCUCUGCCCUUUCCUCUCUUCAGGGUCUACGCUUCAAAAAGGCCCAUGUGACCCACCCGGAGCUGAAGGCCACAUUCUGUCUUCCCAUCCUGGGUGUGAAGAAGAACCCCUCGUCACCCCUCUACACCACCCUGGGGGUCAUCACCAAGGGAACCGUAGUAGAGGUCAACGUCAGCGAGCUGGGCCUGGUAACGCAGGGGGGAAAGGUCAUCUGGGGUAAAUACGCCCAGGUGACAAAUAACCCAGAGAACGACGGCUGCAUUAAUGCUGUACUGCUGGUGUAAAAUGAAGAACUCUAUGGGACGUUUUCCCGGACACAGAUUAAGCCUAGUACUGGACUAAAGCAUUUAUGGAGAUUGACCUUGUUUAAUAGUCUAGGACUAGGCUUAAUCUGUGUCCGGGAAACCGCUCCUCUAUACAGACUGUGCCUGUAAGAUACAGCCAGAGUUGGGACUGGCAUGGAAUAACAGACAUCUGUGGUUAAACCGUGUGUUGGAGAUGGAGAAAACAUCAGAUGGCAUAUUUUGCAACAAGGUGUCGUAACUAAAUUCUGGACUGUGAAUAAAAAUGUUUGUCAAAUACA